AUGGAUUGCAACCCCGUGCGUAGAGUGGCCGACCAGAAGCCGACCCCUGAAAUCGAUUUCUCAUUGCACACAAUGGAGGAUGGCACACAAGUGUCGACCCUCGAACGAGUGGUAAAAGAGGUUCAAGCGCCGGCCCUGACCACCCCUUCGGAUGAAUCGUUUUGGUCCCUCGAAGACCCCUCAAAGCCGAACCUCCAGUUCCUCAAGCAGCACCUGUAUCGGGAGGGCCGGCUCACUGAAGACCAGGCGCUUUGGAUAAUCAACGCCGGUAGUGAGAUCCUGCGCUCGGAGCCAAAUCUUCUGGAGAUGGAUGCCCCCGUAACAGUAUGCGGCGAUAUCCACGGCCAGUACUACGACUUAAUGAAGCUAUUUGAGGUUGGCGGCGACCCUGCUGAGACGCGAUACUUAUUCUUGGGCGACUACGUUGAUCGAGGUUACUUUAGCAUUGAAUGUGUUCUGUAUCUCUGGGCAUUGAAGAUCUGGUAUCCGCAUUCGUUUUGGCUGCUACGCGGGAACCACGAAUGUAGUCACUUGACAGAAUACUUUACCUUCAAGCUGGAGUGCAAGCACAAGUACAGCGAGCGUAUAUAUAAGGCCUGCAUGGAAUCUUUCUGUUCUCUACCGCUAGCGGCGGUCAUGAACAAGCAAUUUCUCUGCGUCCACGGUGGUCUCAGCCCAGAGCUGCACACCCUCGAGGAUAUCAUGGCGAUCGACCGGUUCCGCGAACCCCCAACCCACGGUCUUAUGUGUGACCUCCUCUGGGCCGAUCCUUUGGAGGAAUUCGGCCAAGAAAAGACAGGUGAUUUUUUUAUUCACAAUAGCGUUCGCGGUUGCUCUUAUUCCUUCUCCUAUUCGGCCGUAUGCGCAUUCCUCGAGAAGAACAACCUACUUUCCAUCAUUCGGGCACACGAAGCUCAAGAUGCCGGAUACCGCAUGUACAGGGAGACACGAACGACUGGCUUCCCUAGUGUCAUGACCAUUUUCAGCGCGCCCAACUACCUCGAUAGGUAUAACAACAAGGCCGCUAUUCUCAAAUACGAGAACAACGUAAUGAAUAUCCGGCAAUUCAACUGCACCCCGCACCCGUUCUGGCUGUCCAACUUUAUGGACGUCUUCGCCUGGUCCUUACCGUUUGUCGGUGAGAAAAUCACCGACAUGCUGAUCGCCAUUCUCAACACCUGCUCGAAAGAAGAAUUGGAGGAGGACAAUACUCCUUCAACUGCUACGGCCAGUCCCGCCUCGCCUUCCUUACCCAUAGAUACCGAUCCCACUGGCGAACCGGGCGAGAUCAAGCAACGAGCUAUCAGAAACAAGAUUCUUGCAAUCGGUCGUCUCUCCCGUGUCUUCAGGGUGCUCCGUGAACAAUCUGAAGGUAUCAGUGAGCUAAAAGCAGUAACCGCUGGCCGCCUGCCCCCCGGUACUCUCCUGCUGGGGGCUGAAGGCAUUAAGCAAGCCAUCCACAACUUUGAGGAGGCCCGAAAGGUCGACCUGCAGAACGAGCAUCUGCCGCCUACCCACGAAGAAGUUACUAAGCGAAGCGAAAAGGAUCGUCGCUCUGCUCUGGAGCGUGCUGAGCAGGAGGCUGCUAACGACGCCGAGUUGGCCACUGUUGCGCACAGAAUUAGCCUGUAA